CUUAAAUGUAGAUGAGAUCAGACCAAAGUGCAAAAUUAUGGUCAGAUUAAAAAAUCCUUAUUGUCAAAAGGAAAGCUAAGAAAACAAGUUACUGUAUAAGCUGAAAGAAGAUGAAGCAGGGCAUUCUUCUUCUCCUCCCAUGGAGUGUUUGCCCUUCCUUUAACCAUCCUUCACUCUCCAAUUCCCGUAACCAGAAGCAUAUUCCGUUCAUUGUCUCCGGUGCAUUAGAGUCGGCCAAUCAGGAGGGGCUUCUGACGGCGAGGGAGAGAAGACAGCUGAGAAACGAGAGGAGAAAAAGCAAGGCGGAUUACAAUUGGAGGGAAGAGGUGGAAGAGAGGCUUUCGAAGAAGCCGAAGAAACAAUACCAGUCCUGGACUGAUGAGCCCAUUCUGGACAACCUUGCGAAAAUGGGUCCUCAAUGGUGGGUCGUCCAGGUCUCCAGGGUUAAAAGCCAGUACACUGUUGAGCGUCUUGCGCGAUCAUUUUCCCUCAAAUUCCCUGAUCUCGAUUUCCAGGUUUAUAUUCCAUCUGUGCAAAUCAAAAGGAAAUUGAAGAGUGGAAAAUUCUCUGUUAAACCAAAACCUCUAUUCCCCGGCAACGCUUUCGUAAGGUGUAUGAUGAACAGGGAAAUACACAACUUCAUUAAAGAUUAUGAAGGCAUUGGAGGCUUCAUUGGAUCCAAGGUCGGAAACUCAAAGCAAUAUAUGACCAAGCCUAGGCCUGUAGAAGAGGAAAACAUGAAGGCAAUAUUCAGAGCAGAGAAGGAAGAACAAGAGAAAGCCGAUAAAGCCUUUGAAGAAGCAGAGCAGCAAAUAAAAGAAGCAAAGAAAGAGAAAGAGAAUAAGCCUCUUGGAGCUGACCAUAAUAUUUUAGUCCCGGGGUCAACCAUUCAACUAGUUUCUGGAAGCUUCUCAGGGUUUUCAGGCAUUCUUAAGAAGCUUGACAAAAAUGCCCAGCUGGCUACUAUUGGAUUGACACUGUUUGGCAAGGAAACUUUAGUCCACGUAGAUGUUAAAGAUAUUGCUACUGGGGAGGUUUGACUACAUAUUCAAAGACCGUCCACUGAUAAGCUUCAUUUUUUCUGGAGGAAGGAGUGGAUCACUUUAAUGCAAGGAAACAGUCCAUCAGCUUUAGCAUCGGAGGGAAGUGUAACCCCACCUCGUCGAAAUAGGUUAAAGUGUAUACUGCUAAUCUAGAGUUUAAUGCCUAUAAGGUCUAUUGAUAUUAUAUGUAUGUUAUUUGUAAUUAGUAGAUUAGUCCAUGUACAAUGUAGAAUUACGUGUUAUCUUUAUAAGUAAGGUUGAUCAUCAUCAUCAUCAUUACCUUGUGCCGCAAAGGCUCCCACCUACAGUGGGGUAAGGGAGGGUCGGAUGUACGCAGUCUUACCCCUGUACUAAAGCGCAAAGAGACUGUUUCCAAAUGACCCAUAGUGAAAAACGUGUCUAAAAUCGCAUAGACUGACUGUGACUUCUUAAUAAAGGAACGCAAACAAUUUAACGAGUCAUUUUAUUUUAUUCCAUCAUAUUC